GCGCAAUAUGAUUGGUCGGAUGAAAUUUGGCACAUUCGUUUAUGCAUAGAUGUAACCUGUUCUUUAGAGGUUAUGUUUUUUGAUCUGAUAUAUAAACAGAUGAGUGGAACCAAAAACUAUCAGAUUAUUUCGUUCGCAAUCAUGAACACGAUAUUUUACCUCGGGUUGUUAGCGUGCGUAUGCCUGGUCUACGCCAAGGCACUACCAGGGGAUGAUCUUACGGUAAUGCACGUUCAAUCUGAAGAAGAACAAGCUUAUGGCCUAGCACCCGCAGAGUCUCAUAACCAAUAUCGUGACAAACGUCACGGAGGUUCUAAAGGUUACUGGGGUGGCGGAAAAGGUUACGGAAGAGGUGGAGGUUACAGAAGAGGUGGCAAUUACGGCGGAGGUUACGGAGGCGGUUAUGGAGCAGGCUACGGAGCAGGUUACGGAGGAGGUUCCGGAAGAGGGGGUGGUUACGGAGGAGGGGGUGGUUACGGAGGAGGGGGUGGUUACGGAGGAGGUAGCGGAGGAGGCGGUGGAUGGGGUAGCGGAGGUGGAUUUGGAUACGGAGGCGGUUCUGGAGGUUAUUACGGUCGGUAACCAAUAACACGUGCCAAUCGAUAUUCGUUUACAAAAAUUUGGUACACGUCGCUAUGGGCAACAGUAAUUUUCUUUACGAGAUAGUUAAUGACGUAUAAACGAUUGGCUAUAUUUAUACAGUGAUAAUUAACACAACAAAGAUUGCAGCUCAUGGUGUUAAGUGGAAAAACGAUCGCAUAAAACAAAAUACCACUCUGUGUACACUCGCGAGGAACAAGUUUUAUGACCUUUCUGUAGCAAUGGGCAUAUGCUGUGUGUGUCAACAGGGGAGGACUUAGGUUCGAUUGCCAGUUCGAGUCAGUUUUAAUUUUUUUUAUUUUUCUGUAUUAGUCCAGGUACGGUCUUGUGGUAAGCAUCAACGUGGUUAGUUACCACCAUACAGGCAAAGACGUACCGAAACUGUACCGAAACGAAAGCCUCAGAAGUAUGGGUAUUAACUUGUAUGUACCUCUUUCAUAAAUAUAUCCGCAAAGAAAGUCUGCAUCCAUCAUGCACAUCAUAGAUGCAGAAAUGCACUGCUUACCACAAGGACUCGCAAUCAACCUGGACUGAGGAAGGAAUUCGCUGUUUUGUACGAUUUGUACAUACCCUAGUUAAAAUCAUUGUGCACGCCACUGACUGCACCACAUAGCACCAGGAGAGAUCGCAGUCAAGGACUAACCACGUCACGGAAUAAGUCUAGUGUUGGUACAUCCCCAGAAAAUAUCUGUCACGCAGCUAGUAAAGAUGUAUGAAAACCUUAUUCUUGCAAAUUAAUAAUUCGAAUUUAAAAAUUUAAAACGCUAAAAUACCGUUGUUUUUAAAUCUGGUAGAAUUUUAAAUAAAAAUCUGGGUUUUAAAUCUGGUAGAAUUUUAUAAAAUUACUUUUAAAUACAUAUAAUUUGAAGUUAAUUGCCGUUUUCCUACCACCUACGUGGGUAAUUGGGUAUAUUCAUCUCACAGAGUGAUUAGGCACCUAAUAGGCAAGCACGCUCCUCCGUAGAUUGUAUCGCUUAGGUAGCAUUAGCGAAGUACAUGUUACAUGUGCUUAUGUCACCGUUAAAUUGUAAAAUAUAUUUGAUUAUAUAAUCUCAAUCGCGAUAUUAUAAUCUGUCGAUAUAUUGUAAACUGUUUCACUUCAAUGGAUUAUUAUAAUUCGUAUUAUAAUUGACCGAAAAAUAACAGGUUAAAUUGUAAUCUUUAUGUUCAAUUUACAAUAUAUCCACAGAUUACAACAUCGAGAGACAUUAGUCGAUUUUCUUUCGACUACAAGUUAGUAUGGUCGAUUUUCCUAAGAAUUUAAUUACAUUCAUAAUAUUUAACACCAAUAUUCAGCACUAAACACCAUAGUUAUUUUUUAUGAACUAAUUCAUUGCUUUCUUUUUGUACGAGUAUUUAAUAUUAGUGCAAUGUGAAAUACAAUUCUGUGAUAAUAACGAAAUAAAAGUAUUGUUUAAUAAACUGUA